UUUCUCACCGCCGCUUCCGGUCCGCGAGAGUGUCGGUCUCGCGCAAGCGGGGGAACCGGGGCAAGUGUUGGCGUGCGGUGCGGUACUUUUUUUCGCGAGUCGGACUCCCUCCCUUGGGACCAUGGCCACCGACUCGUGGGCCCUGGCAGUGGACGAACAGGAAGCGGCUGUCAAGUCGAUCAGUAAUUUGCAGAUCAAGGAAGAGAAAGUCAAACCAGAUACCAAUGGUGUUAUCAAAACCAAUGCUACUGCAGAGAAAACAGAUGAAGAAGAGAAAGAGGACAGAGCUGCCCAGUCCUUACUGAACAAGCUGAUCAGAAACAACCUGGUCGACAAUACAAACCAAGUGGAAGUCCUACAGCGGGAUCCAAAAUCCCCCCUCUACUCAGUGAAGUCCUUUGAGGAGCUUCGGCUGAAACCACAGCUUCUCCAGGGAGUCUAUGCCAUGGGCUUCAACCGACCAUCCAAGAUACAAGAGAACGCGUUACCCAUGAUGCUUGCUGAGCCCCCUCAGAACCUGAUUGCCCAGUCUCAGUCUGGUACUGGUAAAACAGCUGCCUUUGUCCUGGCCAUGCUCAGCCGAGUGGAACCAGCAGAGAGAUACCCCCAGUGUCUGUGCCUCUCCCCAACAUAUGAGCUGGCGCUUCAAACAGGAAAAGUGAUUGAGCAGAUGGGCAGAUUUCAUCCGGAACUAAAGCUAGCUUAUGCUGUUCGAGGCAAUAAAUUGGAAAGAGGUCAGAAGAUCAGUGAGCACAUUGUCAUUGGCACCCCUGGGACUGUCUUAGACUGGUGCGCCAAGCUCAAGUUCAUUGACCCCAAGAAGAUCAAGGUGUUUGUUCUGGAUGAGGCUGACGUGAUGAUAGCCACUCAGGGCCACCAAGAUCAGAGCAUCCGCAUCCAAAGGAUGCUGCCCAGGAACUGCCAGAUGCUGCUUUUCUCUGCCACCUUUGAAGACUCUGUAUGGAAAUUUGCCCAGAAAGUGGUCCCAGAUCCAAACAUUAUCAAACUGAAGCGCGAGGAGGAGACAUUGGACACCAUCAAGCAGUAUUACGUCCUGUGCAAUAACAGAGACGAGAAGUUCCAGGCCUUGUGUAACCUCUACGGGGCCAUCACCAUUGCUCAAGCCAUGAUCUUCUGCCAUACCCGCAAAACAGCUAGUUGGUUGGCAGCAGAGCUCUCAAAAGAAGGCCACCAGGUGGCUCUGCUGAGUGGUGAAAUGAUGGUGGAGCAGAGGGCUGCAGUGAUUGAGCGCUUCCGAGAGGGCAAAGAGAAGGUUCUGGUGACCACCAACGUGUGUGCCCGUGGUAUUGAUGUUGAACAGGUGUCUGUCGUCAUCAACUUUGACCUUCCCGUGGACAAGGACGGGAACCCAGACAAUGAGACCUACCUGCACCGGAUCGGACGCACUGGCCGCUUCGGCAAGAGGGGCCUGGCAGUGAACAUGGUCGACAGCAAACACAGCAUGAACAUCCUGAACAGAAUCCAGGAGCAUUUUAAUAAGAAAAUAGAAAGAUUGGACACGGAUGACUUGGACGAGAUUGAGAAAAUAGCCAACUGAGAAGCUCCACCAAUCCCUGGACGGGACACUAGUGCUUUCAUUGCACAGGCCUGGACGUUCACCAAAAGAUGAAGGCAGGAGUAGAGAGAAACUACCUACCUCACUAUAAAUUACAUUUGGACUUGACAAAAAUUAUGCAAAUGAUCGAGAAAGGUAGAAGGAAAAUUUCGCAUUUCGGAAAAUUUAGUCCUUUUCCCCCCAUUUUUUAAGCCACUGUUUUUCCCACCUUUAUAAUAAUCUGGUUGCUAUUGGUAAUCGCUCCAGGAUCCUGUCCCUGUUUCCUGGCUUGGGCUGUUGGGACCAGCCUCCAGCCCCUAAAGAAAUGAUAGAGGUAGAGUGUUGGAGAGGCCCACUGCAUAGAUGGAAUGUGGGGAGGGGUAGCCAAGAGGCCUGUGAGCUGCCCCCUCAUCUGACCCUGACUGAGACCUGUUACAAAUGUCUCCUGCCCUUGCGAACAUCUUCCUUCUAAAAUCCAGAGACGUUCCAGCUGAUCCCUUUUCCUUCUGUUCUCUGUACCAGAGGAUAUCCCUGUUUUUCCCUGGAUGAGCAUCUUGGCUCCUUUUGUAAACCUGAUUGGGGAGAAACACUGAAGUCAUUGAAUCUUCAGAGGAAUUCCCCUGGCAAGGGUAGAGGAAUCCUUCGGGGAUCCGGCCAGUCCUUCUCCUAUAGUUGCUCUGUCUGCUCAGGCACCUGCUAGUCAGUGGUGGCUGCCAGGAGACACGGGGCGUUUUCUGACACAGGCUUGGUGGAGUGAGUUGGUUCUUGUCCUUGGUUGUGACACUAUGCCCCAGAGUUUGGAAAGGAAGUUAUGACCAAAUGAAAACUCUGAUUAUGCUGUUCAUCCAUAAUAGUGGUUACUUUAAUUCAUACAUUGUUUGUAUGAAUAAGGACUGAUAAAUUAGAGCUAUACCCAUCAUUCAUUAUGUUAAGAAAUUUUUAAAUGAUUAUGAAACAUUUUACUAAUCAUGAUUUGUUUUUAUUUGUAUUUUUCGGGUUUUUAGACUAAUAUAUGCUCAUUAAAAAAUAUAUUUGGGUGUGUACAUAAAGUCCAAGUGCCCUCUAUCCCCACCUCUUUGGGGGUCACCAUCACGAGCAGCUUGGUGAACAUUCAACAUAUUGCCUUCUGUUUGCAUACGCCAACCCACUUUUUUACAAAAAUGUCCACCUUCUCCUCACACUCUUGUGCAACCUGCCUUUUCACUGCCAGCACACAUAGAUCUCUCUCUUGACAAUGGCAUCAUUCCAGCACGGAGCUGCCCAACGUUCAUUUCACGACUCCUCUAGUGAUAGGCGUAUGGUGUUUUCCACGGUUGUGUUGCCACAGUGCCACGGGAAUCUCCUUGCUCAUCUCUGGGCCGUGCUAAGACUCACACGAGGAUGUAUUCCUGAAGUAGAGUUGUUGGGUCAAAGAGUGGGGACAUUUAAAGGUAUAAUACAUCGCCAAAAUGUUUUGACUGAUUUAUGUUAUUGCAGUGAUACAAAAAUACUAUUUUCUUACCUGCUUGCCAACCUUCUACAUUAUCAAUUUUUAAAACUUGGUGAGUCAGAGUAGCAAAAUAGAUUACGUCAUUGCUCUUUUGUUUUGUAUUCAGUGAAGUCUGGCAACUUCAGUUUAUUAGAUAUUUGUAUUUUCUCUUGGGGUGCUACCCAUGCUUGUCUCACCAUUUUACUGUUUGUCAAUCUCUAAUGAUUUUUAGGCACCUUUUUAUUUUAAGGAAAUUAAACUUUGUCUUGAGUGGUA